CCCAUCAACAGUCUCCGCCUCGCUCAACACUUUGAGAGUAACAGACACAAUUAUAAUCCAACACAACAGAACUUCUGUGUUUGAGCCACAGUUUCCUCCAGAAUGUCAGAUACAGCAGAGACACAGGACGCUCCUGCUGAUGAUGUGUCCUCAUCACCAACAUCCUACGAAGCACAGCAACCUCCACCCUACUCUGCAGCCCCAGAAAUGUACCCGGCAACCAAAACCGAGACAGCUUGCACCUAUCAGCCGACCACUGGGUACGAGUCUUUCUGGGACAUCAGCCCAGUAGCGUCAUCGGACACAACUCCACUGAUAGCUCCAUCUUCUUUUGAUGACAAGACAGUCAGAAGAGCGUUUGUUAGAAAGAUGCUCAGCAUCCUGACUCUCCAGCUGCUGUUCACCUUCAGUGUGGUGUGUGUGUUCACCUUCUCUGGAGGUAAGGUGGAGCAGAUCAACCUGUUGGCCUACUUCAGCUCCUUCAUCAUCUUCCUCGUGCUCACGAGCGCCCUUACCUUCAGCAAGUCCUUCAGUCGGCGUCACCCCUGGAACACCGUGGCACUGGUUGUGGUCAUCCUGAGCUUAUCAUACAUGGUGGGAACCAUCGCCUGCUUCCACGACACCACUGAUGUCGCCAUAACUUUGGGAGCAACGCUGGUCAUUUCUCUGGCAAUCAUUGGAUUCUCUGAACAGACUGAUGAUUUCAACAUUUGGUUCGGUGUUCUGCUGAUUCUGACUGUGGACGUGAUCGUGUUUGUGUUCUUGCAACUUCUACGAGAAGGUGUGACGGUGAGACGGUGA